AUGAAUGAUCGUAGAGAUCAUUACCCAAAUUAUUCAUUUGAGUUCCUUCGUGAUGGAGAUAUGUUGGAUGCUAUGUUUUGGGCAGAUGAAAGAGAAAAGGCUUUUUAUGCAGAGUUUGGAGAAGUUAUAUCUUUUGAUGCAACUUUUAGAACAAACAAGUAUAAAAUGGUAUUUGUUCCAUUCACAGCAGUUGACCACCAGAAGAAAUCAGUUAUUGUUGGCGUUGAAAUCUACAAAGGUUCCUGGUACUACCAAUACAAACAUAUUGGAACAAAAAAUGGAUGGGAGUUAUACAAAGUGGAACAACUGAACAAAAACAAUAAUCUAAAAACAGAAUUUGAGGUAGAAAUAAAACUUCCAAUAAAUGAUGUAAAAUGUACUUGUGAACACUUCAACCGCUUUGGGACUUUGUGCAGACAUGCAUUAAAUAUACUCAUGAAACAUGGAAUUAAGGAAAUACCUAAACAGUACAUUGAGAAUCGUUGGAGAAAGGAUGUGAUAUCAAGGAAUUAUCACUUUGGUAGGCAUGUAUAUGAUACAGGAAACAGUGAAAUUAACAAACCUGUCAAUCAAGCAUAUUACAACUUUGAAGCAUGCUUGGAAUACAUAAGAAAAAAUAAAGACAAAAUGGAUUUGUUUGUUAAGAAAAAAGAAAGCAUGUUGAACGAAUACGAGAACGAUCCUACAAAUAAAUUGAAGAAAAAUAUGACAGAUGUUGAAGAGGUAGGAAAGAUUAUGGGCAUUUCUAUUCCAAAAGACAUUGAAAUCAAUGUUCCAAAUGUUCAAAGCAAUAAAGGAAGUGGAAAGAAAAAUAGAAUUCAAAGUGCAACAGAAUAG